AUGAUCAUAGGUGUAGGGAUUGAUAUUCUCUCUAUCGACAGACUGAGAGGAGUUAUCCUUCGUCGAGGAAGCUUUAAUUUGGCUAGAAGGAUUUGUUGUCCACGCGAGUUUAUAGAGUUUAAAGCUUUACCUCGGAUAGAAGACGUUCAGCUCCGCUUUCUAGCUUCUAGGUGGACAGCUAAAGAAGCAGCUUACAAGGCACUUCCUUUCCCCCGAGUGACAUGGAAAUCGCUCGAUUUGAGAUACAUGUCAAACGGUCGACCGACGUUACAUUAUAUAUCUCGUACGACUGAAGAGAAAGUGACACUGUUAUUGAGUCUGUCUGGAGAUGCGGGUGUGGUGGUGGGUGUAGUGGUUGUGGAGUCAGAGUCUCCCAAGUGA